CGCGCGCGCCGCUGCAGCCACACGCCACCCGUGUUCGAAUUUCAAAUUUCGAAAAUGGAAUCGGCCGCGCGAUUUCAAUCCCGUCAAUAGAAGAUGCCAGUGUUCCGCUCAACAUUUAUUUCUAGAGCAGGAUUUGUAAAAAAAAACUGUUAAAAUGAUGUGCCAAUAGCAGAGACAAUAAGCGUAGCAGUGCGGUAGUUAUCGCGUUUUCAGUUUGCGUUUUCAGUUAUACGUCACAUGUAAAUUGGACGCGACAUUCAGUUUGUUUGUUUCCAUCGAAAGUGACUGGACUGUGACAUUUGAAAUCGAUAGUUUUCGUAAUUGAUGUACCACGUAUGCGGGUCGCCUAGUGAAAUUUGUAUUGACUUAAAAAAUUGAGAGCAAAUCUAAUUUUAUUGUGAAGUGACGACAGUGGGAUUUUUCGGAAAACUGCGGCCUUCUGAUUGUGUUUACACCAAAGAUAUUAAGCCAAUCGCGGCGCUGCACUGAGGCCUCUCUCACAAUGGAGGUAUGUUCUCCAUCUCCGUUCAUGAGCAAUACGAUGAACCAAAAGUGCAAAGUAUGUGGGGAACCGGCGGCCGGCUUCCACUUCGGCGCGUUUACGUGCGAAGGAUGCAAGUCAUUCUUCGGGCGAUCGUACAACAACCUGAACUCGAUAACGGAGUGCAAGAACAACGGCGAGUGCGUGAUCAACAAGAAGAACCGCACGGCGUGCAAGGCGUGCCGCCUGCGCAAGUGCCUCAUGGUGGGCAUGUCCAAGUCCGGCUCGCGCUACGGCCGCCGCUCCAACUGGUUCAAGAUCCACUGCCUCCUGCAGGAGCAGCAGCAGGCGGCGCAGUCGCAGUCCCCGCCCCGCGUGCCCCCCUCCCCGCACCCGCUCGCGCCGCCCUUCCCACCUCACCUCUUCCCCGGCCUAGCACGACCAAGAACAAAAGAAGAACUCGCGCUUCUCGGCUUAGAUGACUACAAGCCACCUUGCUCCGCGUCCCCCGACUCACACAAAAGUGGGUCUUCACCAAAAUUAGACGAAAAAUCUCGACUCACACAGUCGCGACCGCCAGAUAGACCGCUGACGCCGCCAAGAGAUAACUUCGUUCCCCUCCACCUCGCCAACAUAGCCUCCUUGCCCCACUUCCCCCACUCGCCCUUCUUACCACCGCCGCCGUUCAGCCCAUUCGCGCACAACCACCCGCUGCUGUUCCCUCCGGGCUUCCACCCGAUAUACUCAAGACAUCUGCUAGACCACGCAGCGUUACGGCAAGCUGCUGAGAACAAUAAUGACGUCAGAAUCGAUGACCACAAUGAACGGACCGAGUCCUCGAAACGAUUCUUCCUUGAUGAGAUCUUAAAACAACAGCGGUCUACCCAGCCGACUCCUCAAGAGGACGUCAUUUCUGAAGCGGAGUUUGUUCCCACGCCGCCGGCUGAGAGGAGAACCUCUGAAUCUCCGUUGCAGGAGAAUCCUAUGGACUUGUCAGUGAAAUCGGACGGUAGGUCGAGUUCGGCUCGACGGAGAUCAGACGACAGUGAAGUUAUAGUGCCAGACAACGAGGACGGCGAGUCGGGCAGCGGCGCGGGCUCCGCCAGCGAGGAGGAGGACGUCUCCUACUCGCAGAUCAAGAGGAUCAAGCUACACCCGCUCGACCUCACCACCAAAGUGUGACGUCACCCGCGCCCGUGACGUCAUCUAGCGCCCUACUAUAGACUGUAUUAAACGUCAGUGAAAGAAUUCAAGGCCAGUAGAGGAAUGUGAUUUUUUUUGUUUAAGCUCAAACACUCGAGUUGUUUGAUUUGUUAUCGCUUGAAAGAGUCUAUCCAAAUACGUAUCAUAAGUAAAGUUAGUUAAUACAAUGUUAUUGGUACUUAACGAGCCCGGUUUAAGGUUAUGUACAAAAUGAAUGUAAAUAAAUAAAUUAUUCUUUGUAAAGUGUAAGUUAGGUUACUAUAGAUAAUGAUUUAUGUUUUUGGAAAAUGGAAACAGCCGGUUGUUGCAACAUUCCAUUUUGAAAAAUAAUCUUAUAUAUAUUUUUGUAUAAAAGUUUGAAUAUAAUUUAUUUCUAGUAGAAUUUCGAAGUGUUGUUUGUGGUUGUAAAGUGUUAACUUCGGGUGCAUUGUGAAGCCUUUUAUAUUUCUAAGUCUUCGUAUUUCUAUCUGUAGCUAAGUUCUAUUAUUUAAUCACGACUGUCGGCUGUACUUUUAUAUUGAUUUUGUAAAACUCUUAUUAUCUCUUUUCGAUUUUUGGAGUGUUAUUUUGUUUGAAAUUCUGUUUCUUUUUUCAUUUCUAUGUUAAAAAGAGAUGGUAAGAGCUAAAGAAUAUACUCGAUUGUUACACAAACAUUCCUAUUUUUGCUCAAUAUUGUUGAUGUAAACUCUCAUACAUUCCAUUUACUCAGCGUAGUGAAAUUAUCGUCACAUUCAUACUCAAAUGUAAUACUUUGACAAACGUGUUUUUUUGUAAAUAUAAAUAUAGGUAGAGUGUUUUUUUUUAUUUCGUAAACAAAUGUUUGUAAUAAAUACAUUCCACGGAGACGUACAAAAUAAACUAUUCAUGCACUCGA